AUGUCUAAGAAAGUUGGCACUCGUCAGCUCUGCCCCAUGUGCCAGACGUCCCAUCAGCUGUCAGACAUGAUUGAAAAUAAAAAUGAUGAAGGCAGGCUGGAGUUCUUCUGCAGCAACAGGUGUAUGAUGGUGUACGAGGCCCAGACCUUCACUGUGACGGAAAAGAAAAGCUCUUCAUCUGAAGUUUGUGAGGUUAAAGAUGUGAAGCCAUCUGUAAUACAUCUCAACAGUAUCAAAACAGAGCCCAUCGAUGAGGGGUACAGCCAGAGUCUCACAGCCUCAGUUUCUCAUCAGGACAUCAAGAAGGAGCCAAAUGUAGUAAAGGAGGACUUAAAGAUUGGGUCGGUUUUCUCCUUGACCGAUGAAUCCAAACCUGCAGAGCCCUCGCUCACCAACACGGAUGUCCCUGCAUCGUGCUCCACCUGCAAACAGGCCCUCAUGGAUGGAGCGACCGUUUACCAGAGGAAAAACCACACUGGCGCAUUCUGCUCCACUUCCUGCCUCCUGAAAUUUUACCAAAAGAUACCAGUUUGGAGGACGUGCCACUUCUGUCUUCAAGUGAUAAGAGAGCCUCAGGACAUCCUCGAGGCCCCGCUGGAUAACGAGGGGACAAAGAAGGAUUUCUGCAGCCAGACCUGCCUGUCCUCCUUCAACUACAAGAAACAAGUGUCCACCAAAAUACCCGUGGCUCCCGUCUCAUCACACUCACAAUGCAGCAUGUGCAGCAGAUAUUGCAUUAGCAAACACGAGAUCACGAAAGAGGACACCAUCCACAAGAUCUGCAGUGAGCCGUGUUUUCUGCGGUUCUGCGGCAUGAACAACAUCACCGUCUGUGCGAACUGCUGCGCACACCGUAAAACACCGCUCACGCUCAAGAUGGAGGAGGGCGGCAACAAACUUUGCAGUGAAGAGUGCCUGGCCCAAUUCAAGCAGAAAAUCCAAACGCCGCAGCCGUGCACCAUGUGCCGUGACACUUCUCCGAUAUCAGACAUGGUUGAAAACAAAAACAGCGAAAAUGUUGUGGAGCUGUUUUGCACCAAAGGCUGCGUGUCGGCAUUCAAGAUCCAGGCUGUCAAUUCAUCAGGUGCCUCGUUGAAUUGUGACCACUGUGGUAAGACUGCAGUGCCAACCUGUCACCUUGCCAUGUCAGAUGCCUCCAUCAGAAACUUCUGCACUCUUAAGUGUGGCAUGGAUUUCAGGGAGAGCCAGAAUCCAGCAGGAGUCCCCGAUAAAAGUCAAAGGGAUUUCCUCCAUCCACCACCGAAGCUGCUAUGCGCCCAGUGUCAAAGCAUCAUAUUAACUACACCCAAAGUCAUCCAGAGAAAGGAAAAAAUAUACUUCACAUGCAGUGUGGCCUGUUUUCAAGAAUUUAAGAGGGUCAACAGCAUCACGGCUACCUGUGAAUACUGUAAGAAUGAAAGAAUCAUCAAAGACGUGAAGAGAGUCGGCGGCAAAGACUGCUGCUUCUGCAGCGAUGCCUGCAAGACGCUUUUUUGUCAAGAGCUAAAAGGGAAGUGGGGUAAACACUGUCGCUCGUGCAGUUACUGCCAGUCGAUAUCCAAGAGUCUGGUGACGACACCGGGUGAAGACAUGGACAUCGAGUUCUGCUCUGAAGCCUGCUGCUCAAAAUACAAAACGCUCCUCAGCCAUGUGGCAAAAUGUGACACCUGCAGUAACAAAGGGAAACUAAAGCAGAGUCUGCCACUGCUGGGAGAGGUCAAAUACUUCUGUGGCAUGAAGUGUCUCCUGCACUUCUGCAGUAACAAGGUUCAGAUGCUCGACGGAGAAGUCUCUUCAUCUCCGGUGUCUGCAGCACCAGCAGAGUCCUCUCCUGUCAUUGGAAAUGUUUUAUCUUUGGCUAAUGCUCUGACCAGGCAGCACAGCGGCCCAGCAGCCUCUACACAGCUUGGCUCCAUCACUGACAUUCAAACAAAGGUCAUUGGACAUGCCAGCGUUCAGACUGUCCCAAAGGAGCUGAAGAACAAGUCGAUCAUCUGUACUCCGCUGGUUCAUAACAAAGGGGUCUCCUGUACAGAAGAGGCUCUUAAAAUAGAGACACAAAAAGAAGACCGUUGUGAUCCUAAAGUCGUAGUCCUGCCUGUCCCAGUGCCGGUUUACGUUCCUGUGCCAAUGAACAUGUACAGCCAGUACACUCCACAGCCGGUGGGCCUGCCCUUACUGCUGCCUGUGCCCCUGGUCCUCCCUGUGAACACAGAUGGCUCUGAGGCAACGGUGAAAUCCACAAAAGAGAGUUUGCAUCCUGAAAACUUACAGGGCGAGCUAAUCAUCAGGCCGGAGACGGAGAUAGAGCAGAGCGAGGAAGGGCAGAAGCAUGGACAAAUGAUAAAAGAGGAAGAAAGACCCAAGCCUUCAUCCCUGCAGGGGAAGAGAUGGAUCAAGUGGAGAGAGUCACAAACCAACCUGGAGCCCGUUUCUUCUCAUGCACUGACGCUGAAGGCGGACCUCCUUCGUUGCUCUGUGGCUGAACUGAGCGACUGCCUGCUUUGCUUCAUCAGGGAGGUGAAACAAUCGGACGGAGAGCCGUACUCCCCCCGCAGGCUGUUCUACCUCUGCCUCAGCAUUCAGCUGUUUCUGGUUCAGAACGGUCGGCUGGAGAACAUAUUGAGUGAUCUCAUCUACGACAGGUUUUCCACUGAGUUGACCAAGAUCCUUAAACCUUCAGUCACAGGCGGAGGUUGCGUCCUGUCCUGUGUGGAGGAGCAGUUUCUGUGGGACUGUAAACAGCUGGGGGCGUACUCCCCCACUGUCCUGCUCAACACGCUGCUCUUCUUCUUCUGCAAGUACUUUGGCUUCACCACACUCGAGCAGCACCGCCGGCUGUCCUUUGCAAACAUCACACUUUGCACCAAAACCAGCAAGAGCAACACCAAGACCACCUUCCUACGCUUCCACCCACCUACUUGUACAAACCAGGAAGAGUCAGACACGUAUGACGUCCCAGCUAAGAAGGUUAAGAAAAACGAGUCUGAGGAGGAUUUCCUGGAGAUGAUGGAGAACCAGGAGAACCCCCUUCGUUGUCCAGUCAGACUCUAUGAGUUCUACCUCUCCAAGUGUCCCGCAUCGCUGAGGCAGCGCAGCGAUCUUUUCUACCUCCAGCCAGAUCGGAGCUGCCUUCCCAGCAGCCCUCUGUGGUUCUCGCCCGCCCCGCUCAAUGACAGCAGCGUGGAAGCCACGAUCAUCCGAAUCCUUGCUGUCCAAGGGCUGCAGGGGGGGGAGAAAGAGGGUACAUGUAUGGCCCCGUAACCACUGGAUGACCCAUCAUUUACACCUGAUCAGGAGGACUCAUUGUUUGAAGGACUUUUUUUUAUUAAGUGCAUCAAGAUUGAUUUAAGAAUAUAUACAGAGUAAAAACAUCAGCAUGAUUCAAUGAAAGAUGGCUGUUCAUAAACAGUGUGUUUUUAAACAGCCAAGUGGCAGAAAGACACCAGAUGUUUCCAUCAGCAGCUGGUGGAAGCUAAAAAUAGAGCUAAAAGAGACUUUAGAGAUUACAGCUGUUUUAUCAUGCCAGCUCCAUAUGUCAAUACUAUAUCACCAGUUUACCUUGAAUUUUGGCUUAAACUGUCUUUUAUCUCCCUUGAGUCUAUUUACAGUCUGGAAAGUUUUUAUAUUAUAUUAAUAAAACAGUCAGAACAAAGCUUAUUUUUAUAGGCUUUAGUUAUAUAACUCCUCUGUGAGGUCAGACACUGAUGUAAAUUCUUAAAAGUUACAACAAAAAAAGACGUUUCACAGGUGACAUUGCAGUUUUAGCUCAUAAUACAUACAUUAAAAAAAACAGGAACAAACUAAUCAUUAACAUUUAUCUCAUUUCAAAUGGUGUAUAUAUCUUUUCAUUAAACAUCUCUGAAAGGAAGCUUUAAAAGUUUGCAGCAUUAGCUUUCAUUGUGUCCUGUACUCUCACCUCUACUUCCUGAAUUUAAUUUAGAUGCACAGAGCCACAGCUGGUUUCUCACAAAUACUUCUAUGAGUUACUUUGCAGGAAGCAGCAAACCAAUACAUUGGCCCCAUCUUCGCACAGUCCUGUCCAUCAGGAUCUUCUUCAGUCAAAUCAUUUGGCUCAUCAUGAAAGUACCAAAAUGUCAAACUAAGGGAUGAAGAACAAAACAGGCAUUAACUGUAAAAGCUAAACUUUGAUUCUGAAAAUGAACAAAAACUGUUUGAUAAUUUGUUCAGUGUUUUUUUUUUAUUUUUUUAUAUGCCACUAUUGCAUGUCAUAAAAUCUGGUUCCUCUUUCUCACUGUUUGUGUUUUGUCGCGGUCGUUCUAAGCUCUUCUCUUUCUGCUCACCACCUCACUGUCACUGAGUACCGCUGGUCUCUUUUCUUUCUGUCUUUUCCUUACACUAUAAUCCACUGUCUAAGGUGGCUGUUAUUGUGAAUGGGCAAACCAUGUAGUACAUUUCAUAUGUAUGAAGUGUAAUAUAAUGUAAUUGGACUGAAUCAAACCUUUCAUUCAGCGGUGAGCCGUCCACCCACAACCAUCUGCCCUCUACUGCGGAGUCUGUCAGUCCGAUCCAGAAAAGGUCGUCAUAGCUCUCGAUUUUUUGUUGAAUAGCUAUCCUCAAGAAACUCUAAACAGAUAAAAAUGAUUAAGUUACUUUGUGAAACUUUCAGUCCUGGGAUGAUGAAACAUGAGGGUGAGAACAUGAACCUGCAGCAGGGGUUUGUACCUGCUCCUCUUUGCUGUCUAUCUUAACCAGGUCUCCUCCUUUAGUGAUACAUCCAGUGCUGCUCUCAA